CUCUCACCCGAGUCCGGUGUUAUCCGCGUAUCUCUCUGAUCCCCUGAAGCAGUAUAACCCACCACGACCGCUCCACUUCACUCCCCCGAGGUCCGCUGGAUGUCUUCCUUCCUCCAUCUCCUCUAAACCCCGACUGAACAUCCUCACUAAGCAUCUUCACUAAAGAUGAAAGUUUUGGCACCCUUAGCUGUCUCUGCUAUCAAGUGAACGUUUGCACAUGUUUUGUGCAAGGUGCCAAUAAUUUUAGCGUGGACUGCACGCCAUUAAAUGGUGUGUAGGGAUCGUUGUGCACUCCAUGUUUAAAUAUAAGUGCACUUCUUAGUGUACAGGACACUGUAGUUCCAGUAGAAAGUAGUGCACUUAUAAAGCUAAGACGGAGUUGAAUAGAUAAAUAAGUGUCUAACAGACACUGAAUAUGGUGGACGUUGUUUUCUGUACACUGUCUAGUGCACUCGGUUUAACAGCUCGGAUUAAUCUUCCUGCUCUCUGUGUAAGUGCACUACAUAGGGAAUGAAAGAGCCUUUAAACCAAACUGUAGCUUUACUGGGCGGCCAUCUUGGAUUCAGAGUGUCUGAAAUGACCCCUACACCCUAUCUAGUGUUUAAUAGGUGUCUGGAAUUUUAGCAAUUUACCCCUUAAAUAAGUGCACACUACCUUACCUGGCUUGGGUAUGAAAUGACCCCUACACCUUUAUUUUGGUUUCCAGUAGGGGAGGUAUUUGGGACACAGCCCCAAGACCUAAAAUAAGUGAAGUGCCUAGGGUAUGAAAUGGCCCCUGCACCCGUGUUCAGUAGGGAGGUAUUUGGGACACAGCCCCGAGGCAGUGUUAUUUCCUGUUUCCUGUGUGUCACAGUCGGGAAGCCGGAUGUGGAAUUCCAGACGCCGGCCGUGUCGGAGAAGUUCCAGGGCCGAUUCGGAUGGAGGCCGAGAGCUGAGAGCGAGACGGAUGCUGGAGCGAAGACCACAGACAGCACGGAGGCAGAAUUGUGCAGUCCGUCCUUCCAGCCGAUCCGGAGUCAGAUUCCGAUCCCCACCGCUCAUGUCAUGCCCUCCACGGCCCACAGUCCUUUGCAGCGACCCACAGACUCCCGCUCCAGCUCCUCCGGCUCCAGAUCGUCCCUCUGUAAAUCCGCAUCGUCCCCGAAUCUGGAGGCGCAGGACGGGGGUGGAGUCAAACAGGACUGCCUGAGUCGCUACCGCAGCCUCGUCAACGGGUUAGACCACUCGCUGUUCCCCGGAGCGGACCACAACCACACCCGGCUGGACGAGGGGCAGGGCUUCGACACGCCCCCCGUGGAGCCGACUCUGAACCAGUCCGGGCUGCUCGGGGGAUUCGGACCCGACGUCAGGAUGAAGCUCCACAUGACCGGGCUCGGAGAUGGCGCCGAAUAUCGGGCCGAUGCCUUCCGUAACGCUUUGGAUCAGACGUAUAAGGUGUUGCCCGAAGCCAGAACAGGAAUUCCGUCCGCCUCGGAGUCGUACGGCAAAGCGAAGGCACAUCCGGGUGAAAACAUGGCCGACUGGCAGCAGAAAUUCGAGAGUCUGCGAAUGCAGGUGGAGCACAUGCAGGAAAAUAAUCAACUUUGGAGUGGUGACAGUGACUCCGCUUCAUCACACCAGCCUGUAGUUGAUGAUUUUCCUCUAAAUGCACAACACACACAGUGGAGCGGUCAGUACUCGUCUCCGUAUCCGGCUCCUCUGCUGUCUGAAAGCGGGAAAUGGGAGGCGGUGAUGAAGGCCAACGAGAGUCUGCUGAAGGAGAAGGAGCUCAUCAUUGACAGGCAGAAGCAGCAGCUGUAUCAGCUCGAGCAGCGUCUCAGAGAGAGCGAGUUACAGAUCCACGGAGCUCUGAUAGGACGAGGAGCGCCGUUCACUGACGUCUGUCUGCUCAGACUGCAGGAGGCGCAGCGCGAGAACGCUUUCCUUCGCGCCCAGUUUGCCGAGCGCAGCGACUCGUUUGCUCAGGAGAAGCUGGAGGCGGACCGGCGUCUGGGAGCCGUGGAGGCGGAGACUCAGCGUCUGAGCGAGAGUCUGAAGGAGAGCGCGGAGAAACACGUCGAGGAACUGAAAAAGCAGGAGGAGAGAAUCCGUAACCGAGACAAGCACAUCACCAACCUGAAGAAGAAAUGUCAGAAGGAGGCGGAGCAGAACCGAGAGAAACAGCAGCGCAUCGAGACGCUGGAGCGUUACCUGGCCGACCUUCCCACCAUGGAGGACUACCAGAGCCAGAGGAAACGGCUGGAGGCAGCAGAGCAGAAGGUGGAUGAGCUGCAGGGAUUGGUGGAGGAGCUGGAGGCUCAGCUGAAGGAGGUGCGAGCAGCCAAUCGCGCUAAAGACGGACAACUGGAGGAACAAAACCACAGAGAGAGGGAGCUGCUCGCUACAGUCACUAGCCUGCAGGCCCGAGUGCAGGAGGGGUUGGACGAUGGAGCUCGGUUGCCGUCUCUGGACGUUGAGAAGCUCCGUGAGGAAAACGCCUCUCUGAAAGAAGAGCAGCAGAAACUCAGAAAGGUUAUCGAGAAGCAGCUGAGGAUGACGGAGCAGCUCGGCUCGCAGAUCAGGAGUGUGCAGCAGCAGCUAGCGGAGGAGGAGAGCAGCGGUCAGGCUCUGAGAGACGAGCUGAACUCGAAAGAUCAGCAGCUGCUGCAGUUACGCUCGGCUGUGAAGGAGCUGUCUGCACAGAACCAGGAGCUGAUGGAGCAGAGUGUGUGUCUGCGUGAGCGUCUGCAGGCCGAGUCGAGUGUGUGUGAUGUGCGACUCGCUCAGCAGCUGCUCGAUGAAAUGGCGUCGUGUCUGUCUGACCUGCGCUCCCUCUGCAGCGUCCUCACACACACCGCACACGGCCGAGACCCCAACCUGUCCCUGCUGCUGGGGAUCACCGCCCCUGCUGUAUCGGAGGCGUGUGAUGAUUGGCGAAAUCCUGCAGUUCUACAGAAGAAACUCCAGGAGGCGCUGCAGCUGAGACGAGACGUGGAGGACCUGCGGAACACCGUGUCGGACCGCUACGCCCAGGACAUGGGGGAGAACUGCACCACACAGUAACGCAGAACCCACAGAACCCGAACUGCUCCACACAAGAACUGGCAGAAACCCAGAAGAGUUUAUAGAAGAACUGGCAGAACCAGAGCUCCAACCUACAGUAUAAAAACUGAAACUAACGAGAACCAGGAGAACGUGUGGAACCUAACCCCAGACUGAAUUCAUUACUUUUUUUUUUUUCUUCCUCGCUCUAGAAGGGCUAACGAAGCUAAUGCUAAUAACACUACACUACUAUUUUUCUAUAAAAGACUUUAUAUUAUUCUUUUUCUAACGUCUUCGGAACCCUGAGGUUCUUUGUGCAGCAGAAACAGUGUUGUUAAACGCUAACGUUCCUGCGUGUUCAGGAACGAACGUGAUGUGGUUGACACUCAACUGAUGAUAUUUUAAACGUUGUUGUUUUUUUUGUUUUUUUCUUCGCUACAGUAACACACGAGGUGUGACGGACCUGCCGUUAUUUGAGACGGUGGCGUUUGUAGUCGAGGCCGAUUAAAUGCUCCCUGCCCUCAUCUCUGCUCGCUCACUCGUCUAACGACCAGAGAGCGACACCCGCGUCUGUAAUUACAGGCGGAGAACCUUCCAUUAAAACCUCGUUUAUGAACACUAUGCACACUAUCCGGAAACUCGUUACUUUUCCUUAGAACAUUCCGUCACCUUUAUAGAACACUUUACAGAGACGACACUAGUACAGAGAUGGGGCUUCACUCGAGUGAUUCACUGAUUUGAUUCUUUUCAACUUCAGCGAGUUGAUUCAUUUAUUCAGUUCACCGCUCACAAACGAAUCCUGAAACAUCAACACUACAAAUCUCUAGAAGAACCCGAGUUCACAUCCCUAAAAAUUAAAAAAUAAAGAGAAACAUUUUUAAGUUCAUAUGCAGUGUUUUGAUUCGGUCAUGCUUAUGAACCGACUCACUGAACUGAAUCGUUCAAAAGAGCCAUUUAGAUUUGCUUACAAGAAUCAUCUCAAAAGAAUCCCUCGUCACUCGAUCGGUAGAUUUAAAGAUGCUCGCUGUAUACGAUACGUAUCAUUUUUGCGAGAUUUAAGUCUGCGUAAGAACUCGGAAGUUAACGUGCACUACUAAAACCUUUUCAAAAAGGGAAAAGAAAUACAGUUUUAAUGGUUUUCAGUUCAGUGAUUUUUAAAUAGUUACAAAAUGUUGAUAAAAUUAGUCAAAUAAGAACCAGGAAGCAAAUUUAUAUACUGUUUUUUAAAAAAAAAAAAAAAAAAAAAAUUUAAUAAAAGCUAUAAACGAUGAUCGCCGGUGAUCUUCAGUCUGUGUGACUGUAGUGAAUUCUUUCCGACUCUGUUCUUCUCCAGAUGAUGGCGUAAUAUUCUCAGAAAACAAAAACAACAAACGACUUGCGCAAUGACUCAAUCCCGUCAUCAUCCUCCUAUUUCUCAAUAUUCGUAAGAUAUUGUUGCGCGAUUAAUACAGAUUGUGAUCACUUUCCAACGUGAGCGAAUGAACGUGGUCAUUAUAUUUAUAUUUAUUGGAUGUCAGAGUAAACAACCUGCGCAGAACAUGGCGUGUUUCCGUAGCCUCCAGUUCAGCAUGCUAACGGCGUGUGUGUAAAUGAGAUGAUGAGAGGCACGCGGUCGCCUCCACGCGCGAGCUUUGGAAUGAUGUGUACAUUUGGGUUGAAGUUUUUUUCCUUUGCGUGUAGUUACAGUCGUUGUAAAUAACUCGAGGACGGAACUAAAAAACCGUGGUGUGUGUCGUGAAAAUAUCUUUCCACUCUGUGUCCGUGCGAGUGUUGUCUUUUCUUCCCGUGAUGUCUGACGCGUUUGGCAGCGCGAUCAGCACGGUUUGAGUUUCUGCUUUUCUUUCUUCGUUCACCGUGUGAUGAAGGCUUUAGUUUCAUAUUUCAGACAGGAGAAAUGACUUUGUACUUUUCUUCCCCCAGAGAGUCUUCCAGAUGUUGUUCACAGUUCAGUACUGUAAGCGUUCAUUUCCCCGGCCAGUGAGCCUCCGCCUCGCCCUGACGCUAAAAUAAAAGUGUUUGUUCGUUCAUGACUUUUUAAGAAAUAAAGGUUUUUCUCUCAGACGA